UGUUAUUGUAAUAAAUCCAAACCCCAUAACAGCAGAUUUACUACUUGUACCAUUCUCAAAAACACCAUUAGACAAUUUUGCUCUCUUGUCUUCCGUUACUGCCUACCAAGCCAAUGGGACUUUGUUUCUCUAGACUCAGUUUCUCUAAGUUUUGUUCUCAUGAUAUCCAUAUUUCCUCUACCUCGGAUGAAGACUGCGACCAACCAAAACCACCUAAAAGACCAGCCCAAGAACAUUAUAAUCCGUCACCACCACAACCACCACCAGUAGCCACAAAACCAGCUCCUUCUUCAAAAACAUCUGGCAAAUCUCAAAGUACUCUUACUCCAUCUUCAACAUCAAAUAUUGGCUCUAUUCUUGGCAAACCAUACGUUGACAUAACCAAGAUUUACGAUCUUGAUAGAGAAUUAGGUAGAGGUCAGUUCGGUAUAACUUAUCUUUGUACAGAGAAGGCAACACAAAAAAAGUAUGCGUGCAAGUCUAUUUCAAGGGGGAAACUGGUGACUAAAAAGGAUAUUGAGGAUGUUAAAAUGGAGAUUUUGAUAUUGGAGCACUUAACAGGGCAACCGAAUAUUGUUGAAUUCAGGGGUGCUUACGAGGAUAAACAGAAUCUGUAUUUGAUCAUGGAAUUAUGCUCUGGUGGGGAGCUUUUUGAUCGGAUUAUUGCUAAAGGGAGUUACUCAGAGAUGGAAGCUGCAACAAUUAUUAGGCAGAUUGUGAAUGUGGUUCAUGUGUGUCAUUUUAUGGGGGUUAUGCAUAGAGAUUUGAAGCCCGAGAAUUUCUUGCUUGCAAGUAAAGACGAUAAAGCUCCGAUUAAAGCUACUGAUUUUGGACUCUCUGUUUUUAUCGAAGAGGGAAAAGUAUACAGUGACAUUGUUGGAAGUGCAUACUAUAUUGCUCCAGAGGUGUUGAAACGGAGUUAUGGAAAAGAGAUUGAUGUAUGGAGUGCUGGGAUUAUUUUGUACAUUCUUCUGAGUGGAGUGCCUCCUUUCUGGGCUGAGACCGAGAAAGGAAUAUUUGAUGCGGUAUUAGAAGGCAAUCUUGACUUACAGAGCCCGCCAUGGCCUAACAUUUCAUCCUCUGCAAAGGACCUUAUAAGAAAAAUGUUAACGAGGGACCCUAAGAGAAGGAUUACCGCUGCCCAAGCACUUGAACAUUCAUGGAUGAAGGUGGAUGGUGAUGCAUCUAACAAACCUAUAGAUAGUGCUGUCCUGAUUCGGAUGAAACAGUUUAGAGCAAUGAACAAGUUAAAGAAGCUUGCGUUAAAGGUAAUAGCAGAGAACCUUUCAGAGGAAGAAAUCAAGGGCUUAAAGCAGAUGUUCAAUAACAUGGACACUGAUGAAAGUGGUACUAUCACAUAUGACGAACUCAAAACUGGACUGUCAAGGCUAGGAUCUAAGCUUACUGGAGUAGAGAUAAAGCAGCUGAUGGAUGCUGCUGAUGUUGAUAAGAGUGGGACUAUCGAUUAUCUCGAAUUUAUUACAGCUACCAUGCAUCGGCAUAGACUUGAGAUGGAAGAGAACUUGUACAAGGCCUUCCAAUACUUUGACAAGGAUGGCAGUGGGUUUAUCACAAGAGAUGAACUAAGGCAAGCCAUGACUCAAUAUGGGAUGGGUGAUGAGGCUACAAUAAAUGAAGUCAUAGAAGAUGUUGAUACCGAUAAAGAUGGAAAGAUCAACUAUGAGGAGUUUGCGAGCAUGAUGAGAAAAGGAACCCAAGAUUAUGAAAUAAAUUUAACAUAGAAAUAUUAUUGUAUAUAAAGUGCUUAAAAAUAAGCCCUUGUGAUAUCUGCAAAUCCUUUGCCUGAAGUUUUUUUUUUAAAUGUUAACAAGAACAAUGAUAAAUAAAUAAAUAAAUAAAUAACCUCAUGUUGCAGCUA